GAAUGCUGACAUGGCUGCUUCCAUAUUGGGAACGCUGCGAUUGGGUUUAUGGGGUAGUACUCUCUUCAUUUUAGCGAUUUUAAUUCCACAUGUAGCCGCUCUGAUCGAAGGACUUUAUUGCGGAACACAGAUAUGCUACGACGUACUUGGAGUCACUAGAGACGCGUCCAAAUCCGAGAUUGGGCGUGCUUAUCGACAGCUGGCCAGAAAGUAUCACCCGGACAGGUUUCAGGCUGGGGACCCCGGACUCGCCGGAGAAACCGCUGAAAGUGCCCAGCAGAAAUUUCUACUCAUUGCGACAGCUUAUGAAACUUUAAAAGAUGAAGACUCACGAAGGGACUAUGACUACAUGCUGGAUCACCCAGAGCAAUACUACAGUCACUAUUACACCUACUACAGGAGAAGGCUGGCACCCAGAGUAGAUGUUAGGAUAGUCAUUCUUGUAACUGUGUGUGCAAUAUCAAUUUUUCAGUAUUACAGCUGGUGGAGCAGCUACACUGAAGCCAUCAAUUAUCUCACCACCGUCCCCAAAUAUCGCAUCCAGGCCACUGCACUGGCCAAGCAGCAAGGCCUGUUAAACCGCACCAAAGAAAAGGGUAAGAACCGGCGCUCCAAAGAAGAGAUCCGUGAGGAAGAGGAGGAGAUCAUCCGUGACAUCAUCAAGAACAAGAUCGACAUCAAAGGUGGCUACCAGAAACCCAAUGUCUCAGACAUCCUACUGUGUAGGAUUGUCCUGUUUCCAUACCACCUAUGUGCCUAUGUAGUGUGGUACUGCACAUGGGUCUACCGGUUCAGUAUUCGUGGAGAGGAGUACGGAGAGGGGGAGAAGCUCUAUGUUAUCCGCAAGCACAUGAAGAUGUCGCAGGCCCAGUUCGACAGCUUGGAUGACCACCUGAAACAGACCUUCCUGCAGCGGCAGCUGUGGAUCAAGGAGAAUUAUGAGGUGUACAAAGAAGAGCAGGAGGAAGAGAUGAAGAUGAAGAUGGCCACAGACCCACGCUGGAAGCGCUACAGGAGAUGGAUGAAGAGCGAAGGGCCAGGCCGCAUCACCUUCGUUGAUGACUGACUAGUGACCCUGGCCUACAUGCACAGUUGCAUGUGCGUGUGCGUCCUGCUAUCCACAGCCAGUCUGUGCACAUGUACACGUGUGGGUCAAGCUGUACAUGCUCAUGUUUACAGAGGACCUUUAUGUGCAUUUAUAUCAAGACUUUCGACUGACUUUCAUAGAUAUUCAUUGGCCCUCUAUGAAUAUUCAUAUUCAUAGAGGGCCAUUUUCCACAAUCUUAUGGGGGCUGUUGUAACUAAGGUCUCAGGGCUCCUGGGCUGAGGAACUCUAUGGAACAGCUCAGUUUGGCAGCUGUCUGAGUUGUUAGCAAUCAAAGCAGAGAGCUCUGCCUAUCAGGUCAUACAGGAAGGCUUACUGUUUGUUGUUAACCCAUUUUGUCCCCUUAUGCAUCAUACCAAUUAAAUAUUAUAUUUUUAAAAAAGAUUAUUAAAGUGACUGCUAAACAUGA